AUAAUCAAUCUCAGAAUUCACUCAGACAUAGAUGUACAACAAGAUCACCAAAACCAACCCAAAGCUCAGAUAGCUUUAUUUUUUAAAAUCUUGUGGAGCUUUUCUUUGAGAAAAGUAAGUCCGGAGCAAGAAACCCAGAGCUAAGGCAUAUAGAGAAAGAGAAAAGCAAGCUGUUUCAAUGGCAGAUACAACAGAAGAUGAGCAAGAAACACCGCCGCCGCGAUCAUAUUACAUGAUGUUUUUAACAACUAUGAGCAAAAGGAGAACUUGGGUAUGUCUAUUUGUGUUAGUUUAUGCUAUCCUUUUAACUUCUUUAUGGAAUUUCCUCAAAUCCAUACUGUCUUGGUAUGAAUUGCAAGCCCAACCUUCUGCCUCAUCAUAUGGGUGGCCUGCCCUUUAUGCCUCGGUGCUUCUUGGGGCAGUUUUUGGGCUGCUUUCCAUGUUUGCAGCUCUCGCAGUCGUGGUGCCUGCCACUUUGGUCACAUGGAUCACUAUUGUGGUCAUGCUGGCCUUCUUUGGGAAGCCUAGGAGUACUUUGGUUGUGGAGGGGAGGAAGAUUACAAGAGAGAUUUUCGGGAUUGUGAUCAGGAUUUUGUUGAAGGAAGGCAAUUUGGUGGCUGCUGCUUGUGCUGUUUUGGGGUAUUUUGCGCUUUUUAGGAGGAGUUCUGAGGUGAUCGAAUGAUUUGGUUGCUGGGAUUUUUGCUAGUUCUAAGGGGGUUGAAAUGGGUGUGUAGAUUUGAAGGAUGGGGUUUUGGAUUUGGUAAAGUUUUCCCCUCUCUUCCCUAAGACAUUGUUUGGUAUUUCUGUUUUUCUACUCAAGAAUAGAAAGGGUAAAGCUCUGAACCCCCACUGUUGUUGUAGGGCUCUGUAACAGUACUUCUUUUGAUUU